UUCUGGCUCAGAGAAUUCUCAUCAUAGCCGAGUGAUACCCAAACUCUCGGCCCUUAUACCAAAACCAAACCAUAGAUCAAUUCAACCAAAAAGAAACCAAUCCAAAGAUGACAGAUACAGACAACAAGCCAACAGGAGAAUCCUCAAAGUUGAGGACAAACAAGGGUGUUACCGUGGCGUUCAAAUUGAACGGGAAAAAUUACCCGUUGUGGGCUCGACUGAUGAAAGUCGAGAUUGGAAGCAGGGGGGGAUACUCCCACAUCUACGACAAACCACCGGAGCCAAACAGCAAGGGGUACCGGGAAUGGGAGGAAACCGACUUGAUUGUUUUCUCUUGGAUCGUCAAUAAUAUCGAAAAUGAUAUUAUCGCCGAUUUUGCUCAUCAUCAAACAACUAAAGCCUUGUGGGACAAUCUCGCAAUCACCUUCGAGAGCAAGGCGGAUCCUUAUCAAAUCUACGACCUGGAAGACAAGAUAAUAUACAUGAGACAAGGAAAUCUUGAUCUCGAGACGUAUUACCGUCGGAUCCACGGAUUGUGGGUGACAAUUGAUCGAAGUCAGAAACCACCCGUGACAUGCUGCGAUAAGGGGAUCGGGGAAUUCCGACAACACACGAGCGAAAAACGGCUCAUCAAAUUCCUCACUGGAUUAAACCAAGAAUACGACCAUAUCCGUCGGGAGAUUCUGAAGGAGCAACCUUACCCCUCAGUCGAAGAAGCCUACGGAUGGGUGAAGAAGGAGGCGGCUCGACAAAGAAUCAUGCCACCGGCAUCCUCUCCACCCUCCGGAGACUCCACUGGCGUAGGGAGCGCCGAUGCAUCAUCGGGGGAAAUAGGCUAUGGAUUCGGGGCGCAGAGAGAUCGACCGAACCGAGGAGUACCGAACCACCGCGGAGCGCCGCCACCUGCUGGAGCUACACACCAUUCCGGAGGAAAAACGGACAAGAGCAAGCUAUGGUGUUCCCACUGUGGGAAGAACAAACACACGAGGGAAACUUGCUUCCUCCGUGUGGGUUAUCCGGAGUGGUGGGAUGAGAAGCAAAAGGCACGAACUCAGGCGAAAUUCGCCGCCGUCGGAGUCGCUGAGGUGGAGCAGCGGCAAAACCCCCAAGUUCAGAACAGGGGAGAAUCGAUUGGAGGAGAAAAUCAGGUGAAUAACUCUCGCCCGGAAACCCACGGUGGCAGCAACAGCGGCGGCGGCGGAGGGGUUCGGGUCGGGAAUUUUGUGGCAAGAGCCGGAGGAGCGACGGAGUCGCAGAAAUGGAGCAGCGGCGCAAUGGAUGGAGGAUAUUCGGACGAGGAAGAUCGUUGGGCGUGGCACUGAGAACCAGGGACUCUACUACGUGGAUGGGGUAGCUCAACAUGGCAGUGCAAUGCUGGCUCAAGGAUCCACGAGAGAGGAGGCUUGGCUGUG